UUUGAAUAUCAUUAUUUUUCUUCUCGUUUGCUAUAAUGACAGAUAUUUUAGUCGACGAAACAAAAAUAUUGGAAAUCCUGCGCAGAAUUCCUGCGCAGACCACGGAUCCACGGUUGAAGCGUGAAACGGUAGAAAAGCAGCUGGUUGAUGUCUUGAAGACCUCCACCCAGUCUGGUGUCAUACAGAGGAAGAAUGAUUAUUACUGCGACAGCAUUUAUGUGGAGGAUGUGAAAAAGAUCGUGAUGGAUGAUAAAAAAUGGUUCACUCCCAGUCAAAUCUCUGUUGGAAGUCAGAGCAUAAGCAGUGCAGUGUCCAUCAAGGAAGCAGAAAGCAGUGUUAACAGUGUGGGUCCACUUCAAGUAAAUUGUCCAACUGCAGUGGCAUGUCGGCAGAAGCAACGAUGCUGUCAACUACCCAAGACGAUGAUUAGAAAUUUGACCAUCCAAAUUGUAAAGAAUACAGUUCUGUCCUAAAUAUAAUUCAACUGAUAAAUCAGAAAGUAAAAUUUAUUUCUAUUUCAA